CUAUCCAAGCAGCUUUGUACUCGACGUGGUAAAUUGUGAGCGCUCCCGUCUUUGCUCUCCGCCAUAUAAAAUGCUCCGUGCAUCCUCCUUGGGGAUCAUCAGAAAUCUCUUAUCCAGCCAUGAAUCGUGCGCCACCGGUUGACGCCACCGUUCUUCCUCCCCUUCCAGACGACCUUACCAUCAAGACGCUGCCGCGUUCUAGCAGAGGAGCGGGUCUCUAUGCUGAACUCAUCCACCAACUCUUCAUCAGGCUCGACAUUCAGCUCGUUGACGCAUUCCACGGUGAACGCGUGACGCUUGUCGUACACGGCGGCGCGCCCAUCCUCACCCACCGCAAAGUGGCGGAGGUCCAGCAGCAAACUCGCCGUACUACGACGCGCGAUGUCAACUACCUUGCUGGCGCGUUCGCUGCGGAGUGGGCGGCUCGUGGAGUGAGCGAUGCGCCAUCUCGACUUCACGCAGCAGCCCAAGAGGUCGCGCUGCAGAUAGGCGUUGAUUUGGGCUGGCUCGAGGCGGAUACGGAUGCUUUUCUGCCGACUUGGACUGACUCGACUGGCAAACUUCAUUAUCCUGUGUACGACGCUUCAGUCAAGCAGAGAUACGUGAAUACAGAGACUUUGUUCACAGGGCGCUCGCUCUCUGUGAUUGGCGUGCCCGCGUUUUGGGCCAUCGCGCAGAAGCUGCAGCGCUUCGAAGGCUGGGAUAAGGCGGAUAUAUGCUUAUUGCUCAAGUCUACGCCCAAAUUCGGACUAAGCAGUAAUUGGACGCUCGACGAUAUUGAGGGAUAUCUGCAGAAAUACUGUGCCAGGUCCUAUCCGCUGGAUGCACGACAGUGCCUCAAAGCUCCGGAGCACAAGAUUGUGCAGAUCGUCCCGAUGCUCGAAGGGCUCGAGCCCAUUCCCGAUGGCACAGCUGGGCUGCCCGUGAGAGACCUUUCUCCUCCAUUGCCGCCAUGGGUGGACCAGGGCCCUCUGCCACCGAUUACUCGCGUGUACCCAGAAGGAUAUCGCCCGGAUACGGGCCCAAGGCUACUCCCCACACCCUUUCCUUUGUAUCCACGCGACGGGGCGCCCGCUGGACGAUCGCGCUCCUCUGGGUAUCCGAACAACGUGCCUCCUGGAGGAGCGUUUCUCCCGGCGCAGUACUACCAGCCUCACGCGUACAACUACGACACCGACUCCACGGAAUCCAUGAGCUCGGGCGACUCGGACAGUGACUCCGACUAUGGCCCUGGCGAGCGCAAGACGAUCUUCGCCGGGCAGACGCCGCCGCCCGCAGGCUGGCAGGUAUACGGUAUGGUGCCGCCGUCAGCGGACACGGCUUCUAUGUCUUCCGGAGGCUCAACGAGCGGUGCGAGCACACCGAGGAUCGGCACGCGCAACAUGGCCCCUUCUUGGUCUCCCGUCUCUUCUGUCUCCACCAUCCCAACCACCCCGGGAGGUUCGCCUGGUCGUGGCUACGCGAGUCGUGGGGAACUCUAUCACCCCGACGAGCAAGGCAACGUACCUCCCUCCCCGGCGUACUCCCUCGCGUCGUCGUUCUCGUCGAUGAGCAUCGCCAACUUCCCGAACCCCGCCACCUCGCGCGGGAACGAGCGCCAGCCUUCGCAACUGAGCCAGACGGCCUACCCCUCGCCGACGCGCCUUCCCGACUCUCCGCACCUCCCUGAUUCGCGGCCGACAUCCUUCGCCUCUUCCACUGGAUCGUACUCGACGCCGUUGGGUGUACCUCAGAGCCUCCCAGUCCCAUCUAUGCCUCUGCCUCCCGUACCCGAGCCCCCUCAGCUGUACACGCCGCGGACGGUGGCUCUCGAGUUCCAUGACCCUCGCGGGUCCCCGAAAUCUGUGCACAGGCGGAAGCCCAGGUCGGAGUUCAUCCCGUCACCUCCUUGAGUGACAAGCUUGUGUUUUUGUGUUCGGAUGAGUGUGUUGCUUCCUCGACGAUGACUACCUUUCCUUCAACAUUGUAUUUAUGUCUUGAUAGCUCUCGAUUACUGACUACGGCACACUAUACUCGUUACAUCUCUCAUUACUGACGCUGUUCCUCGUUAAUUAUGAAAUAAUACACAUACAUAUCAAGGUCCCUCGAUCGAUU